AUGAAUCGUUUCCUCAAGUUGCCGUGUGGCUUAGCUGCCUCUCUGCUCGCCACUGCCUGGCUCAACCCUGGCCAUGUCGUCGCAGGACCUUCAGUCAAUGUGGCUAUGAAGGCAGCCUUCCCAGCUCCGCCCUACCUUGUCGAGCUUCUAGAGACGGCUGCCGGAGAGAAUGCGACCUCCUACUUCCCUUUGCUCGAUCGGAUCGCCGACGGCUCUUUUGCGAAGGCCACGACCGAUAAGGCCCUGUUCGACCGCUUCCUCGAGGUUCUGCAGGAGGAUGGCUAUAUGGAUAGCCCCGAGGCACUGUCGACUUUCAAGCUGGCUCUCUCCUUGAGGACUGCUGCUCCGAGGAUAGAGGCCCAUUACCAAUAUUACGACACAGCUGUGGUACCCGCCCUGGAGGAGGCCAAGGAGAACUGCGAAGAAUGGAUAUUGUUCGGCUAUAAGCAAUACUGCUCGCCGGCCAUGGUGCUGCCUGACGCUGAUGGUGAUGUUUCGGGGGACUUACAGCUCCGAUGGCUGCCAUUCGACCGCGCCCUAGGCAGUGGACCGGACGCCGUUCUAUAUGCCGACAUCACCAAACCUUCGUUUGGGUCUUUCCAUAAGGCACUGGUAGACAGGGCUCGCAAAGGGGAAGUCUCUUACCGACUGCGACAUCGUGCCAACCAGAGAGGCGAGCUCGAACCACUACCGGUUAGUGGGUAUGGCGUGGAGCUCCAGCUCAAGCGGACAGAUUACAUCGUGAUUGAUGAUCGUGAAGCCGAAGAAGCUGGGGCUAGUGAGGCCCAUAAGUCAUUGCCAGUCGAAGUGGUUCUUGAUGAGGAAGAGGAGGUCUCUGAUCUGAAACCCCUUUCCAGUUCCGAGCUGGCCUCAUUAGGACUCAAAGCUGGUUCCUUCAUCAUGCAGAGCGAAGACCCUUUGCAGACCUUGAUCAAGUUAACCCAAGACUUUCCCAAGUUCUCGACAUCCAUUGCUGCCCACAAUGCGUCGGAUGCUUUCAUAGCCGAACACCACCAGAAUCGAGCUCAAAGUGUUCCUGCUGGCAUGAACCUUCUGUGGAUGAACGGAGUGCAGUUGAUAGAGCGCCAAGUUGACCCUUUCACGCUCAUUGACAGCAUUCGCCGUGAGAGAAAGCUCAUCAAGGGCGUGACAGAACUCGGUCUCACUGGAAAGGAGGCUGUUUCCUUGCUUGGUAACCACGAGGUGACCAUGGCCAAGCCCGAUGAUGACCCUCGGCGAUUCGACUGGAGGGACGAAAUUGAGGAAGGCCGGGUCAUUAUCUGGCUUAACAACAUCGAGAAAGAUAAGCGAUAUGCUGAGUAUCCCACAAGUCUCAUGGCGCUUAUGCAAAGGACGUACCCUGGCCAGAUUCCCCCCGUUCGGAAAGACCUGUUUAACUUGAUUCUGCCCGUCGACUUCGCCAGCCCCGAAGACUUGAAUGUGGUAGUUGGCCAGCUCCAGGGUUUCAUCAAGAGGCUUCUCCCUAUCCGGUUUGGCCUAGUGCCGUUGACUCGUACAAAAGAGGCAGACAAUCGGGCAAAAGUAGUAUACCACCUGCUUGAAAAUUAUGGUCUCGCUAGCCUCAUGUCUUAUCUGGAAUCUUGCAGUACGGGUAAGCCGUCGACCCAGUUCGACGCGGCCAACUUCGAUAAAGCCAUCAAGGAUCGCACUGCAAGGGCGGAAGCGACACCUCUUCCUUUCAAGGAGAUACUUGAAUCGGAGCACCACGAGAAAGAGCUUGAGCUUUCGAAGCAUUGGAUAGAAAGGCUCAACGCGGACACCGAGGUCCCGCCCGUAUUCUUCAACGGACUUGCUAUUCCACGGGAGAAGGCUUGGCUCCAGAGGAUGAGCAUGAAACUCACAAGUGAUCUCCAGAUGGUUCAACAGGGAAUAUACAUGGGCAAAGUCGAUGAAGAUAUGUGGAUUCCGGAUUUGUUCUUGGAGAAUGCGCCGGCCCGGCGCAACCUAUACAUAUUCCCGGAUUCCGACAAUUCUCUGACAGUUCUUGAUGUCAACAAGCUCCACACCGAACAUGACGACCUCUUUACUCACAUCCCUGUCAUUGAAGCGAGUGAAGACACAAGCAGGGAAAGCUGGGCAGCCUUAACAGUUAUCGCAGACUUAAGCAGUACUGCAGGUCUCAACCUUCUACUGUCUGCCCUGUCAUUCCGUCGCAAUAACCCCGGGAUCCGCCUGGAUAUCGUCAAUAACCCUGGAUCAACUGGAAAUUCGCAUGAGGUCAAUACACUUCUCAUGAAAGACAUCAGCAAGCUGCCCGAGAUCGAAAACAUGGAGGCACUGGAGGUUCUUCUGUCUGGUGACAUUGUGGUACAAGACAAUGGCUACGACAGUGCUCUGUCACGUUUUCUUACCACAGCCGGGGUUACACCAGGUGAUCAACUGCUCAUUCUCAAUGGUCGAGUUAUUGGCCCAAUCACUGCUAAGGCGCCAUUCAAAGAGGAUGACUUCCAGCAGCUUCUCGAAUUCGAACAGUCGACUCGAAUAUUGCCUGUAUAUAAAGCAGCUGAAACGUUGGGAUUGACGGAGAAGAUAUACAGUCCAUUGGCUGCUGCAAAACUUACAUCGAUCACAGCUCUAUCGACCAUUUCGGAUCUGCCGGAGGGCAUUUUCGAGUCUGCUCCAACCUUGCGAACAGCCAUGUUCGAUAGCUGGAAUUCGACGUAUACAGCGAUUGAUGUUGGCGAUGCGACGAAUGCAAACAUCCAUUUCGUCGCUGUACUCAAUCCCACUAGUGAGGUAGGGCAGAAAUGGGCGCCUAUGUUGAAGGUUCUGUCUGAGCUACAUGGCGUCCAUUUGCGUAUCUUCUUGAACCCAAGAGAGAAGCUGGAAGAGCUGCCGGUGAAACGUUUUUACCGCUAUGUCCUCCGCUCAGAGCCAUCGUUUGAGGAAAGCGGAAAAGUUGAGUCUCAAGGCGCAACUUUCAAGGGCUUACCUUCGGAGGCCCUUCUCAACUUAGGCAUGGAUAUGCCGCCGGCUUGGCUCGCCGCAGCUAAGGACUCAGUUCAAGAUCUCGACAACUUGAAGUUGAGCUCCAUCAAGACAGAUGUCGAUGCUGUCUAUGAACUUGAGCACAUUCUCAUUGAAGGUCACUCGAGAGAGACGUCAGGGAAUCCGCCUCGAGGUGUUCAGUUAUUACUUGAUACGGAGCUUGACCCGCGUUUCGAUGACACCAUCAUCAUGGCAAACAUUGGCUAUUUCCAGUUCAAAGCCAACCCCGGCUACUACAACAUCCAGCUGAAGGAAGGAAGAAGCUCGGAGAUAUUCGAUAUCGUCAGUGUUGGCGGCAAAGGCUACGAGGCGGUGCCAGGUGACGAGGGUACUGAUACUGCGCUGAUGGAUUUCCAAGGCACAACGUUGUAUCCACGGUUACAGCGGAAGCCGGGUAUGGAGCAAGAGGAUGUCCUUGAGGAUAAUAGCUCUGCCGGGGGCGGAGAUCUCCUUUCCCGGGGCUUGAAAUUUGCGGAAGGAAUCUUGGGCGGAUCGAAGUCCAAGUCCAAGUCCAAGUCCACGACAGUAUCAACCGAGGUUAACGCUGAGAUCAACAUCUUCUCUGUCGCCAGUGGUCAUCUAUACGAACGCAUGCUCAACAUCAUGAUGGUUUCGGUCAUGAAGAACACCAACCACACGGUCAAGUUCUGGUUCAUCGAGCAGUUCCUGUCCCCGUCCUUCAAGGGAUUCAUACCACAUCUCGCCGAAGAGUAUGGCUUCAAAUACGAGAUGGUGACAUACAAAUGGCCACACUGGCUUCGCCAGCAGAAGGAGAAGCAGCGAGAAAUCUGGGGAUACAAGAUUCUGUUCUUGGAUGUCCUGUUCCCACUCUCUCUUGACAAGGUCAUCUUCGUGGAUGCAGACCAGAUUGUGAGGACCGACAUGAUGGACCUGGUCAACCACGAUCUUGACGGUGCACCGUACGGCUUCACGCCCAUGUGCGACUCGCGCACCGAGAUGGAGGGAUUCCGGUUCUGGAAGCAGGGCUACUGGAAGAACUACCUCCGUGGUGAGCCGUACCACAUAUCGGCGCUGUAUGUUGUGGACCUUCGUCGUUUCAGACAGCUCGCGGCAGGUGACCGGCUUCGACAGCAAUACCACCAGCUAUCUGCCGAUCCAGCUUCGCUCUCCAACCUCGACCAGGACUUGCCGAACCACAUGCAAUUCACGAUCCCGAUCCACAGCCUACCGCAAGAGUGGUUGUGGUGUGAGACGUGGUGCAGUGACGAGAGCCAGAAGGAAGCACGGACGAUCGAUCUAUGUAAUAACCCGCAGACCAAGGAGCCCAAGCUGGAUCGGGCGAGGAGACAAGUGCCGGAGUGGACAGUGUACGAUGAUGAGAUCGCAGCCGUUGAGCGCAGGGUGAAGGGAUUGCCAGCUGAGGGCAAGAAGGUGGGCGGUGACGAGGACCAAAAAGUGCUCAAUAGGGACGGGAAGAAUCCCAAGGGUAGACGGUUUGAGGAGGAACUAAAGACCAGAACUAAAGAUGAGCUAUAG